GCCACCUCCAGCUAAGGGUUUUUUCUUUUCUUCGCACUUUCAGCCCAAAAUAGGAAGGGUUUUCUGUCUGACGAAGCUAAAAGAUGAGGCAAUCAACUAUUGACAGGACAAAGAAUCCGAUCCUUCAAGAAAGAAACAAGAGACAGCUUACAGAAUCAAAGGAAACCAUCGGAUUUUGUACUGAAAAUACAGCCCUCCCCAUCUGGAAUUGCUCAGCAGUUUGCAAUAGUCCUCCUCCAACACGCCUCUUCUCCACCUACUGAAAUACAGAUAUAUAUAUAUAUAUAUGCUCCUCCGGAAAAAGUCUUGCCUCUGAUCUGGAGGAUCCUCUUCGUUGGUCAGAAUUCUUUGGAGGGAAGAGAGCAGGAAUCAUCCAAGUCCACCACCAUGGCAAAAUGCGGAGAGUGCGGGCCGGGAUACAGAACCCCCUUGGAUGCAAUGAAAGGACCCCGGGAGGAGAUCGUCUACCUGCCUUGCAUCUACCGAAAUACCGGAACAAAUAAACCAGAUUACUUGGCCACUGUGGAUGUGGACCCCAAAUCCCAGACUUACUGCCAAGUCAUCCACCGCCUACCGAUGCCCAACGUUAAUGAUGAGCUGCACCAUUCCGGCUGGAACGCCUGCAGCAGCUGUUUCGGAGACACCACCAAGAAGCGCAACCGCCUCAUUCUUCCCAGCCUCAUCUCAUCCCGGAUUUAUGUGGUCGACACUGGCACCGACCUGAGGGCCCCCAGGAUCCACAAGGUCGUCGAGCCCAUUGACGUCUAUUGGAAGUGCAACUUGGCAAAUCCUCACACCACACAUUGCCUGGGCAAUGGUGAAAUCAUGAUUAGCACCAUGGCUGACCCUUCCGGCAAUGGAAAAGGGGGGUUUGUGCUGCUGGAUGGAGAGACCUUUGAGGUGAAGGGCAACUGGGAAAAGGGCACCAAAGUCCCACCGUUUGGCUACGAUUUCUGGUACCAGCCCAGGCACAACGUCUUGAUGAGCACUGAGUGGGGAGCGCCCAAGUGCUUUGCCAAGGGAUUUAACCCAGCAGAUUUGGAGAAAGGCUGCUACGGCGGAAACAUCAACGUGUGGGACUGGACCACUCACGAGUUCAUCCAGACCAUCGACGUGGGCAAGAACUCCAUUCCGCUGGAGAUCCGAUUUCUCCACGACCCAGAUGCGGCUGAGGGGUACAUUGGCUGCGCCCUCAGCAGUGCCGUCCACCGUUUCUACAAGACCCCGGAAGGAACCUGGGCAUCAGAGAAGGUGAUUCAAAUUCCCAACAAGAAGGUCGAAGGAUGGCUUCUACCAGAAAUGCCAGGCCUUAUCACCGAUAUCCUGAUCUCCCUGGAUGACCGCUUCCUCUACUUCAGCAACUGGCUUCAUGGAGAUAUCCGUCAAUACGACAUUUCCAACCGUCGGAAGCCCAAGCUAGUGGGACAGGUGUUUCUGGGAGGUAGCAUUGUCAAAGGGGGUCCCGUCAAAGUGAUUGAUGACCCAGAACUGGACUGCCAGCCGGAUCCAUUCGUCAUCAAGGGCAAGAGGGUUCAAGGUGCCCCGCAGAUGAUCCAGCUGAGCCUGGAUGGAAAACGGCUGUAUGUCAGCACCUCCCUCUACAGCGGAUGGGAUAAGCAGUUCUACCCGGACAUGGUCAAGGAAGGCUCUGUCAUGUUGCAAAUCGAUGUGGACAGCAAGAAAGGAGGCUUAAAAGUGAACGAAAAGUUCUUAGUGGAUUUCGGGAAAGAGCCACAUGGCCCAGCACUGGCCCAUGAGAUCCGCUAUCCGGGCGGUGACACCACCUCCGAUAUCUGGAUCUAACGAUCUCCCUGGCUUUGAGCUGUCAUACUAAGCAAAAGGUCUUUUUCUUAAGAUGCUACUUCUUUGCCUGCUUCCGUGUGCGGUUCCUCCAGAUGGGAUAUUCCUUGUUCUGCCACAAGAGGUUGCUCACACACAUCCUGUCCUCUUUGCUGUGACCAAGUCACAACCCCGGGACUUUUGAUACAAGAUUUUAAGCAUCUCCGCCUUCCGCUCUCACUAUUGCAUAACAAUGGAAUUGUACAUUUUUACCCAGAAGGAAAUAUUUUAAGAAGGCAAUAAUCGUCCCCACAAUUUUCUCAGGGAGCAUAAAACCCAUGUUUUUCUAUCUUGAGACUCCUGUAGCCGAGGCCUCCCUAAGCAAAUGAUCUGAUCGCUUGUGUGCAGGUAGUCCUUCACUUAUGACCAUAAUGGGGGGACCAGAAUCUUCACUGCUAAGAGGCAAUUGUGAAGUGAGUUGCACCCUUUUUUUGUCACGGUUACUAAGCGAAUCCUUGCUACUGUUCAGUCAAUCAUGCAGUCGUUAACCGAGUCCAGCUUCCCCCGUUGGGUCUGCUUGUUGGAAGCUUGCAAAUGUUGAUCACAGGAUUCAGGAUGCUCCAAAGGUCAUAAAUUCACGCUGGCUGCCAAGAGCCCAAAUUUCAAUCACCUGACUGUGGGGAUACAACAGUCAUACGUGCGAGGAUCAGUCAUAAGUCUCUUUCGGCGCUUUUGUACCUUUGAACAGUCAUUAAACAAAUUGUUGUAAGUUAACACUAGCUAUAUUUGGAGUAAUGCAAACUCAUUUGUUGGUAUGUGUGAAAUCUUUUGAUUAAGAAAUCAUGGAACACAAGGUUGUUUGUGAUUUAAUGAGCAACAGAGCCAUUCUUGGAAUGUCUUAACAUUACCUCUAGCAUAAUGCUUCGGAAAGAGAAUAAUAUAUUUCUUUAUCUUUGCUAUUCAUUGCUCUUUUUAAAAAAAUAAAAUUUUCAAGA